GAGAGUCACGACUACUUCAGUGAAGCAGGUCUUCGCGCAGUGCAUCGAGAUCGAGCGAGAACCACAGAUCGCCUGAGAUGGAGACGGAAAUGGGGUUUUCACGGUUUGCUUUAUUUCUCUUUACAAUUGCUUUACUCUCGUCGCCGGUACUCUCCGAUCUGGUCCUCUCCAAGGUCGAUCGGCGGAUUUAUUUAACAUCACAAAUUGUACGAUACACAGCAACUUUGAGGGUGGAAAAUGAGGGUUCUGAGUUGGUGUCGGAGGUUUUAUUGGCAUUCCCUGAGCUUCAAGCAAAGAACUUGGCAUAUUUGACGGUUUCAGUUAAUGAAGGGAAAGGCAAACAGAAAGUUUCCACUGAUGACCUCCCUAUUGAAGUUGUUAGUCCAAAGAAUAUGCCUCCAGCCGUAUCUUUUUAUUCAGUAACUUUACCGAAGGGGUUGGCUCCCGGUGAUAGCUUGACUUUGGAUGUCAUGGCUGUAUUUACCCAUGCUUUGCAACCUUUUCCUGAGAAAAUCACUCAGGCUGAUAUUCAGCUUGUAGUGUUCCAGGAUAGUGCUUACUAUCUCUCCCCUUAUGCAGUCAAGGUUCAAUCACUCAGUGUUAAGCUGCCAGAGGCUAGAAUUGAAUCUUAUACAAAACUGGAGAAUACAAAAGUUCAUGGUUCAGAGAUCAAAUAUGGUCCUCAUGAGGAUCUCCCUGCUUUCUCAUACUCACCCAUCGGUAUUCAUUUUGAAAGCAAUCAACCCUUUUCUAAUGCUCAGGAAGUGGAGAGAGAGAUAGAGAUUUCCCAUUGGGGAAAUGUGCAGAUCACUGAGCAUUACAAGCUUAUCCAUGGAGGUGCACAGAGCAAGGGGGAAUUUUCCAGGCUUGAUUUCCAGGCUAGACCAAAUGUUAGAGGUGCAUCAGCUAUCAGGUAUCUUGUUGCAACUUUGCCUCCACGAGCUCAUUCUGUUUAUUACCGGGAUGAAAUUGGCAAUAUAUCAACUUCUCAUCUCUGGAGUGACUCCAAAAAGACGGAACUACUGAUUGAACCAAGGUAUCCAAUGUUUGGUGGUUGGAGAACUGCUUUUACCAUUGGAUAUGGUUUGCCACUUCAGGACUUUUUGUUUCAGUCAGAGGGGAAGCGGUUUCUUAACAUCACAUUAAGUUCUCCAAUGGUUGAGUUGGUGAUUGAUAAACUCAUUGUGAAGGUUGUCUGGUCUGGCAAAAGUUCCUUUUCCAGCAGCCUUGACCCAGUAUUUUUGUGUUUUCAGGUUGUGUUGCCUGAGGGUUCCAAAGAUAUUUCUGUUUCAACGCCAUUUCCUGUGAAACAGUGGCAAGAGACCAAAAUUUCCCACUUGGAUAUUGAUGGUAGGCCAGUGGUUGUGUUGGAAAAGACCAAUGUUGUGCCAGAGCACAAUAAAUAUUUCCAGGUCUAUUACAAGUUCAACAAACUUUCAAUGCUUAGAGAGCCGCUGAUGUUAAUCUCAGGAUUUUUCUUUCUUUUCGUUGCUUGCAUUGUUUACACACGUGCUGAUAUAUCAAUCUCCAAGUCUUCUGCUUCUUAUUUGGCAAAACAGCAAUGGGAAGAGGUUCAGGCUGCAAUUCAGCAGGUCGAAAGUAUUAUUAACCGAUGCUUAGCAACACAUGAUAAGCUGGAGGCAUCUCUACGUGAUCUUUCGAGGACAGGAGAUGUUCAAGCUUGUAAAGCUGCUCGCAAAACAGCUGAUGGCUUGCUGAAAGACCUCUCAAAGGAACUGAAGCCGUUGCUGGCCUUCUUACAAUCUUCUCCUUCAGCUUCUCAAAUACUGCCCAAGGUGGAGGAUCUUGUGGCCAAGGAGAAAGAAUUGCAAGAGAGGGUAAUGACGAAGCACUCCACUGUAGUGGAUGCCUACGAGAGGAAGUCUGCGGGUAAGGAUAUUGAAAACCGGGUUGCUUUGCAGCAGCAGAAAAUUACAGCCUUAAAGCAGGAGGUUGACGAUCUUAUGGAGUACAUUGAUGAAAUAUGAAACAAUUAUGUUACUUAUUUUAGUACAAGAGGUGCCCCCAAUAGUUAAGACUUUACAAUUUGAGAGUAGUAGAAUUUGAGAGUGGUAGUGAUCAGAAUUUUGUUUCAAGAUUAUCGACAGUGUUAAAUUCGGGAACAUACGCUCUUGUUUUCUUUCUUUUCCUCUAAAUGGUCCUUUUUUCUAUUUUGGUCAUUUUGGACAAUUAAAUACAAUUCAUUCACGAAUUUAAACUUUGAUCUCUGCAUGAGAAAUCUGUAACAAGUGACAAGCAUAAACACAACCAUGGGGC